CAUCAGAAAGAAAAUAUGAACUUUCUCAGUCCACUUUGCGUCCUCUCUUUUCUCCUUUUUGUCUUCCCUUCCUUCAUAUCUUCUCAAUUAUUAUUUCAGGGGUUCAAUUGGGAAUCAUGUAACAAGGCAGAAGGAUGGUACAACUCUCUUAAGAAUAUGAUUCCUGAUCUGGCCAAUGCUGGAGUUACUCAUGUCUGGCUUCCUCCUCCUUCUCAGUCAGCCGCACCUCAAGGAUACUUGCCAGGCAGACUCUAUGAUCUUAACGCGUCGAAAUAUGGAACUCAGGAUGAGCUCGUCUCUCUAAUAGAUUCUUUCCAUCAGAAGGGAAUCAAAAGCCUAGCUGACAUUGUAAUAAACCACAGAACUGCUGAGAAGAAAGAUGAUAGAGGAAUAUAUUGCAUCUUUGAAGGUGGAACUCCUGAUGGUACCCUCGACUGGGGUCCUUCAUUCAUUUGCAGAGACGACACAGCUUAUUCAGAUGGCCAGGGAAAUCCUGAUACUGGAGAAGACUUCAAAGGUGCUCCUGAUAUUGAUCAUCUCAAUCCAAGAGUUCAGAUAGAGUUAUCAGAUUGGAUGAAUUGGUUAAAAACAGAAAUUGGAUUUGUCGGGUUUCGAUUCGACUUUGUUAAAGGAUAUGCUCCAAGCAUUACCAAGCUUUACAUGGAAGAAACAUUACCAGAGUUUGCAGUCGGAGAAAAAUGGGAUUCUCUUGCUUAUGGUCAGGAUGGAAAGCCUGACCCAAACCAGGACGGACACAGAGUUGCUCUUGAAGAUUGGAUUCAAGCUGCUGGUGGGGCUGUGACAGCAUUUGAUUUUACUACAAAAGGGAUUCUUCAAGCUGCUGUGCAAGGAGAAUUGUGGAGGUUGAAAGAUUCAAAUGGAAAACCUUCAGGAUUGAUUGGACUCUUCCCACAAAAUGCAGUGACGUUUAUCGAUAAUCAUGACACUGGAUCUACUCAAAAUCUUUGGCCAUUUCCAUCAGAUAAAGUCAUAUUGGGAUAUGCUUACAUUCUCACGCAUCCUGGAAUUCCCUCCAUAUUUUAUGAUCACUUCUUUGACUGGGGACUGAAGGAAGAGAUUAGUAAAUUGGCGACAAUCAGGAACAACUACAAGAUAGAUUCAACAAGCUCUGUUGAUAUUUUGGCCGCCGAUUCUGAUCUCUAUGUUGCGGCAAUUAACGAUAAUAUCAUUGUGAAGAUUGGGCCAAAGAACGAUCUUGGAAGUCUCAUUCCCUCAAAUUUUCAGGUUGUUGCCUCUGGAAAAGACUACGCUGUAUGGGCUAAAAAUUGAGAUGAUCAUGCUGCUGUAUGUACGAUCUUUACGUCCCAUGGUUAUAGCAAAA